GACGCAAAUAUGGUAUCGAAUCAAGCCUUCAUUGAUUCAUUUGCAUGACAAUGCACGACGAAACCAAGACACUCUUGCCUCCGGACCACCUCGAAGCAGCCUCGACCAGCGAUGUCUUUCUUGUGGAGCCCCACUCGCUGCGGUCAGAGGUUGCAUCGCUCAUAAAGCUCGCAUACCCGAUGGUUGCCACGUAUCUGAUGGAGUUCCUUCCGGGCUUCCUCUCGGUCUUGCUCGUGGGCCACCUCGAAUCGCCUCUCACAAAAGAGUAUGUGGACGCAGCCGCGCUCUCUACCGUGUUCUUGAACCUUUCAGGCCUCUCGAUUGGAUUUGGUCUUGCCUCGGCGCUGGACACACUCUGCUCUCAAGCUGUUGGCGCUGGGAAGACAAACCUUCUCGGUGGCUACCUCCAGUGCGGCCUCCUCGUCCUUGCGGUGACCUACGUUCCAAUGUUCUUGCUCAACUAUAACUCGGGGCUCUUUCUGGUUUGGCUUGGCCAAGACCCGGUCGUGGCGUCGCUGGCUGGCGAGUUUUCGCGCGUAACCGUGUUUUGUCUCCCGCUUUGCUUUACGUACGAGCUCCUCAAGAAGGUACUGCAGGCCCAGCACAUUGCUGCACCCAUGGCGUACAUUGCAAUCACAAGCAACCUCCUCUACGCUGGCGUCGGCUACUACCUCUGCUACUUCACCGACGCAGGAUUUCUCGGCAUUGCUUAUGCACGCUUGGUCUGCAAUACGUCGUUGCCGCUUCUUGCGAUCCUUUACAUCAAGUACACACGAGUGCAUGAGCAGUGGUGGCCGCAAGGGUCCUCGUGGACCUCGCAGUGGCACGACGCCGUACGCCUUGUUGGCGAAUUCCUCCAGUUUGGCGUUCCUGCCAUGGCCAUGAUGCUCCUCGAAUGGUGGGCGCUCGAGAUUCUCACGCUCAUGGCAGGCUGGAUGCCGUCGCCGGUGCUAGCCAUCAGCGUGCACUCGGUCGCCAAGAACCACAUGUUGUCACAUCUUAUCUUUCUCGGACUCUCGAUUGCGACGACGAUCCGAUUGGGCAACGAGAUCGGAGCGUACGAGCCGAUGCGCGCCAAGGUGAUCGUGUCGGCGUCGUACGUCGUUGUCGCGGCUACCGCGACCGUCCUUGGUGCUUUUGUUCUCGCCUUCCGACUCGUUUUGCCGGCGUGGUUGAUCAACGACGCGUCUUCCAUCCGUGCCCUUAGGACGACGCAAGGUGCUCUGUACAUCCUGGUUGUGUACCAAUUCGUGGAUGCGAUGAAGGUGGCCGCGCAAGGGCUCUUGCGCGGCAUGGGACGUCAGGCCAUCGGAGCGCACGUAAAUGCUGUCGCGUACUGCGCGAUUGGACUUCCGCUAGCUGCUCUUUUCGGGUUUCUUGCCGACUUGGACGUACCGGGGCUUUGGAUGGGCAUGACGAUCGGUGUCUCGUCAGCGUUCGUCUUCUUUACAGUGUACCUUGCGCGAACCAACUGGCGCCGCGUGGCUGACGAUGCUGCGAGUCGCAUGGACAAGUAAAUCGUUGCCUUUCCGGUUGAGCUUGCUAACCCUAAGCGUUCUACACUAACAUUCAAGAAGUUUUCGUGACUGC